AUGAAGGUGGAAGUACAGUGGAAGAAGGUGGUGAAGCCGUCGGCGCUUACGCCUCAUCACCGGCAAAAACUAAAGUUGUCUUCAAUGGAUGAGCUUCAAACGCCAAAUUAUGUCGGCAUCAUCUUCUACUAUAGAGAUAAUGCUGAGAAUUCAGGAGUUGAUACUCUUAAAAGGCUUCGCCGAAUGGAGGAGUCCCUUUCGGAAACUCUAACAAUCUUUUAUCCUAUGGCAGGGAGAUAUGUCGAAGAUGACGGUUGCUUCAUCGACUGUAACGACCACGGAGUUGAGUUCGUGCAUGCCAAAGUGGAUGCCCGGAUCGAUCAGAUUAUCCGUGGAGAGCCUGAUUUGGAUCUGCUCGAUCGUUUGUCGAAAUUCCCGACUGAAGCAGUGGGCAAUCCCUUGGUUGUGAUUCAAGCGAACGUGUUCGAGUGUGGCGGAUUAGUCAUUGGCCUGCACAUUUCGCAUAAGAUUGGCGAUAUGUACACCAUGGCCAUGUUCAUGAAUUCGUGGGCCGCCAUGUGCCGGGGAAACAUGCACAAGAUAGUUUGUCCAAGUUUCGAGCUAUCGUCUAUAUUCCCGCCGAAAGAGCCAUCCUUUGGCAGUUGGCCUGAACCUGGUAUUGGAAAUGAGAAAUUCGUCAUGAGUACCUUCAGGUUCGACGGUAAGGCUAUAUCCAAACUGAAAGCCCAAGCUACGGCAGAUGCGCCAGAUUCAAUCGCUGAUAAUUGGCAGCCAUCAAGGGUCGAGGUCGUUUCAGCACUAAUAACCAGGGCUCUUGUUGAUAUCGAUCGAAACAAACAUGGCAAACUAAGGCCUUUCGUGGUUUGCAUGACGAUGAACUUGCGCGAGAGAAUUGGCCUUGCGAUACCUACUAAUUCUUGCGGUAAUCUCUACACCACGAUUGCCGCUCAACUCGAUAGAUCCAUGGCCGAUGAAAGCAAGUUGGUAUUCCAAGAAGUGGUGAACAUGAUAAGCGAAAUGGUACGCAAUUCCAGAGCAAGAUAUGCAAAAGUAGCAGAUGCAGAGGAGCUACGUUCAAUGGUGAAGGAUUCUCUAAUGGAUUUCACGGAACUGGCGUUCACAAGUGAAGAGCAUUUGAUUCCUUUCAGUAGCUGGUGCCGGUUCGGGCUAUACAAGAACGACUUUGGAUGGGGAUGGCCGGAUCUAGUCGGCCUCGCAUCACUGAAUUUCAAGUCGGUUUUCCUAAUCGACGACGAAGACAACGGAGGAAUCUAUGCGUGGGUGACCCUCAAGGAAGAUGAGAUGAUUCCUUUCAAACAUGAUGCGGAGAUCCGGGCAUUCACUUCCCUAGUCGGAGAUACAUGUCGCCUAAACUAUUAG